AUGAUAUUCCUCUUUCUAUUAAUUACCACAUCAUUUGGUUUCUUUAAAGUUCCUGGAUGUGAAGAGAAUCCUGAUGGUGAAUUUAGUGAAAGUGAUUUUGACUUUGUACCAGACUUAUCAACUCUUUCAUUUACUAUAGGAUUAGUUAUUAUGAUUGGUACUAUUUUAUCUGUAAUACCGCAAUAUGUUAAAUUGAUUAGAACAAGAGAUAGUAGUGGGUUAUCACCAUUCUAUCUUCUUAUUCAGUUUAUAAAUCAGGUUACUACAGUAGCAAAUGCAUGCAUAACUAAUGCAACAUAUAUUCAUUCAUGUGUUUAUAUUGGAUUUAGUCAAUGUUUUCCAGUAUUAGUUUCAUGGACACAAAUAAUGUUAUUAGCUAUGGUGUAUCUUCCCCAAAUCUUUUUCUAUUUAUUAUUUUAUCCAAAUAAGAAAGAGUUUAUAUUAUUCAAAUUACCUUUAAUAUGUCUUCCUAUUGUAAUAAUUAUUUCAAUCAUUUGUUUAGGAACAGUUCCACUUCUUGAAUUUACUGAUGGAGAAUGUGGAGAUAUAACAGGAGGUUUUGCAUUUGUGUAUGGUAUUAUUGCUGCUGUUUGUGUUAUUAUUCAAUGGUCACCUCAAAUAUAUAUGACAUUCAGAAGAAAAGUUUGUAAAUUUUUGAAUUUUAAUAUAAUAUAA